UGUGAACCAUAGGGUUAUAUUCAAAAAUAAAAUUUUAUGAUAAUACUAUUUGGAGUGUAUAGUUUUAAAUUGAUUCCGGAAAUAUUUUUGUUUCAUUAUUUUUUUUAAGAGUUUAGUCCCAAAUGAUAAGAGCGGGAAAAUAUAAAAAGAUGGUUUGGAAAAUACAACGAUAUGCAAGACAGAAAACUGUUCACAAAGGGGGUGAUUCCAUUGAAUGGGAAGAAUGUGAUAAACAUUUAACCUUAGAGCUGAGGAUUCACCAGGGAAACUUGACCUUGACCCAAGACAAAACAAUCAGGGAGAGUUACAGCCUGGCUUCCCCCUCCCCCGCACUCCGGGCCGUGGCCAGGGGCGACACGAUGCUGGUCAUCUACAAACUCAAGGAUAACACGCAUCGAUUUCGCGUGAAGUUUUCAGGGGGAGAAAACUCCUGCCAGGAGUGUGCGAGGCAGAUGUCGGAGUUCUUUCCUGUGAAAAUCUUGCCCAACUCGACCGAAACUUCACAGCGUGAAGUCGGCGAAAGCUGCACAGAUAAGGCGGUGUUGGAGGGAGAAAUCACACUGGCUAGAAUGGCUGAGGUUGUUAGUGGAGCGACAACAGAGCGACUUUGGACGACGUACGACAGAACUCGAUCGAUGGAGGGCGUUAAACUGAACAGCCUCAUCAAACUCUGCCUGGCUGAUCCAAGCUUUCCUGCCUACGUGGAACAAGUUGAAAAGGAACUGAAAAAAGUCAAAGAUGAGAUGAAGGCCUAAAGACAAUCUCCAUAAUUAAAGAUAUCGGCGAAUAUAUUGUGAUUUGCUGUGGCUUCACGGAGAGACUAACUCUGCUUCCUCUGUAGUCCUAAGCCCGCCCUGACUUCAAUAAAUGUAAAUGUGUAUUGAUCGGAGUCGUUUAUCUUGAAAGCGAUUAAACCGUCUUCUUUUGUAACGACGGUGCAUCCAAAUUAUCUGUUCUCUUGGCUCUUUUAUAUUCUUAAAAUUUACGCUGUAAAUAAAGAAUACUGAAAAGUUUGAA